AUGUCAAGUGGGGAUUCGCUAGUAGAGAACAGUGCGAGUGGGGUGUGUAACAGUGGAGGUGGGGACAGACAGAAAGGGGGGCACACGAAUGACACCUUCGGUUGCAGGAGUGGCAGUCAAAGUGGUAGCUCUAAUGGAAGCCCAAAUGGUAGCCAAAAUGGCAGCUCUAAUGGCAGCCCGAAUGGCAACCCAAGUGUGGCUAGCAACGGAAGCACCCCCAGCAGCGAUAGCGAAGCUAGCAACUACAGCGAUGAUGGCCGGGGAGACACACGGGACUUUCCACAUACGCAGGAAAAAAUGUUCAGAAAAAGUAAGCCGGUCCAUAAGUACAAAGGAGACAAAUCAAAUUAUGAUGAGAAUGAAAACAGGUACAUGCCUCAGUGCAAAAAUGGAGUAAGCGACGAUAUAAAUUAUGAAACGUCAAUAAUGCUAGACGAGCAAACAAUUAAUACGCAUCAUCUGGGGGAUACGAUGACACUUGACGAUGGCGAGCAUUUGAAGGAGACCCAUGUUAACAAAAUAGUUAACGUUGAGGAGGUGAAGCGGGGCAAAAAUUACAACCUGAAGACCCCCAUGAUAGAGAGUGUGCAUGAUGUGGAUGGAGUUAGUAGGCUACCAAACGGCCACGGGGCGACUGCCAUAAAUGCCAUCACAAAUGGCGCCACCAAUUUUAGCUACCCAUUUUGCAAUGAACCCACGCUGAACGAUUAUGCUAAGGAUAAAUCGAGACCCCCCGACACGGAUGAAGAAAACGAGGUGGAAGAAAAGAACGCCUUUCUCUAUAAUGGCCAGUUGCAAACUGGAAGGGAGGAAGACGCUUACUGUGGGGAGCUGCCCAAAGGAGGAAGAGAUAGACAGAGGAAUGCAUGCCGAAGCAGAAGUGAGGAAAUCAGAAGGUGCGAUCCUGUCCCCUGGGAAAGCAUAAAAGAAGAUGAACAAGAAAAAGGAAGAGAGAAAAACAUCAAGGAGGAAGAUGAUUACCAAAAUGGAUAUCCCCUAGUAGGGGAAGAAAAAAAAGAUAAACAUUCCACCAGAAAUUUUACAAAAAAUUACAAAAAGGAGUUAAGAAAAUAUCUAGAAUUGAACAGCCUGACGAGGAAAAAGGUACACAUGGAACUGUUUUUACAUCACCAAAUUAAUUGCUACGAUUUGUUACUAGAAAUAAGGAAAAAAAUACCCAUCUGGGGAGAAUACGAAGCGAACUUUUUUUUUCAUUGGAAAAAAAUUAUGACCAUAUGUAUAGAAGAGUUAAAAAUAUACAUCCUCAUAUUUAGAUCUUUAAACAUAGAAACGGUUAAGCAUUUGGAUUUUUUUAUGCUAAAAAUUAUUGUAGAUGAGCUAGACGAACUGAGGAAGGUGCAUGAGCCUAAUUACAAGCCUUUCAUAUUUACACAGGAGUGUCUAAAUCGUUACGAAUACUCCUGUCCAUUUGAAAAGAGCCCAGAUAUUUACGUCAAUAUGAAUGAAUUUAUACAGCCCUGGUAUAGGAAGAAUUUUAACAAGUCCAUGGACAUUAAGAAGUUUUUAAAUUCCUUGGACAUUUUGGAAAACCAGAAACAUAAGUCGUAUGUCAUUCAGGCGAUGGAGAUCCCCACCUACAUCUUUGACUUGUGCGACUUGGAGGAAGCAAAAAAUGGGAUCACCACGCCAAACGGGGAGGGGCCCCCAAAUGGGAAGGUCAAAAAAAUGUGCGCGAAGAAGAAAGAAAAUCACAAGGUGAAAAAUGUAAACACUGCCGUAAACCCCAAGCCGAAGAAGAGAACAGGGUACUACGACCUCGAGAUAGACGGGGUCGUUGCAUCCUUUGAGGCCCGGAAGGGGGUUUACUAUGACAAGUCGAGGAAGCUCUGGAGGGCGAACUGGAAGGAAAACGGGAAGAUUCAGACGAAGGGAUUUUCAGUCAACGAGUAUAAGUCGGUUCAACUAGCUAGACAAAAGGCAAUCGAGUGGAGAGAAAAAAAGGAGGCAGAACUUCUGCUCUGA